ACUGAGCUCUUUUGCCCCAGUAGCCUACACAAUCUUACAUUUAUUACCAUUCCGUCGCGAUCGAUUAGGAUUAAUCUCCACCCAGUUCAAUGCUCAGCGGCUUUAUCUGUUCUCACAUUCACGUACUGCAUCAAGCCGGUCCCAGCGUACUAUCUUCUUCCACAGAUACCAUACAUCAUAACUUACUAACAAUUCUGCAUUUUGUUCUCGUGUUUGCUUCCCAUUCGUCAUAUAUGGCUGAGCUUUCGGACCAUGAUUGUGAUAUCAUCGCAAAUCUUCCUCUAAGCAACUCACUAUACCGAUUACAAGAUCUACUUCAAGAAGCAGAACAAAAAUAUAAUGACACCUCUGACCCUCGGGAUGAAAUUUGCCAACAGGCAAUAUCAAAACUCCUUACCACCUUGAUGGGGGAGAGAGCUGCGUUCAAACUUGGCUCACGAACCGGCGAUGAAAACCUUGCUUCCGAUCUCGCCAGUUUAUUCAGGCGCCUCCAACAAGGCCACCUCACCUAUGACCACUGCCGAGCGUUGAAAGGUUCUGAGCAGACAUGUGAGUUGGUGAAUCCAAGAAUCUUUGAGGAGAUAUGUGGCUGCACAUUUCGAGAUGUCGAGGGCUUCUUUGACAAAUACUUUGAGAAGAAAGAUUGGAGUGACAAAGUAGAUAUCAUUUGUCAACGCGUGCUGGACCCAGACAGUGAUGCCAAAUUCUCAUGGGUGUCGGACAGGCGGCGGCCGGAGACGGAACUCCUCGAGCUAGCAGGCCAAAAAAAUGUCCAAGGGGUCGCAAGGAUCAUCGGCCACAGUACCAUCACUUGUAUCGCCGACAUGCGCUGCGGCCUGACCUUCAACAAGCGCCACGACUUCAAAAGCGCACCCCCCAGCAGGGCCUCCUCAUUUCAUCAAUCUCAGCCGCUCGCCGAGCCCUGUCGCUUAGAUAUCCGUCGAAAGUCAUCUUCCAGGAAGCGCAGAUCCCCGGACAAGGGGCUGCAGGCGUCCAAACGAUCACGUUCCAUCAAUAAACCGUUGAGGGACACCACCCAGCAGAAGGACGAACUAGCUUUCUCCGUUCAGUCAGCACACAAGCCGAGCCUCUUCAAUAAGAAUGGUGAGGAACUGUAUGAUAACCGUGUCCUCCGCUGUCUUGUGAUAUCACCCACUGGCCGGCCGAUCUACAAGUAUGAAUCACCCUUAGAGCUGCUCAUGGCACUUCGCGAUGCAAUAAAGGCGCAUCAGUCUCUUUAUCUGGAUGGAAACAUUCUUCAUCGGGAUAUUUCAGAGAACAAUAUAAUAAUAACUGAUCCGGAAAAGGCGGAUGGUCACUCUGGAAUGCUAAUCGAUCUGGAUCUUGCUAAAGAAGUUGGUAGUGGGCGAAGCGGCGCACGGCACCAGACUGGCACAAUGGAGUUCAUGGCAAUCGAGGUGCUGCUUAAUAUCGAUCAUACCUAUCGGCAUGACCUCGAGUCUUUCCUUUACGUGCUUAUCUGGCAGUGCGCCCGUCAUGGCUGGGGGAAGAAUAACCAUCCUAAGGAUAGUAAACUUCGUGCCUGGUAUACUGGUAACUAUGAGGACAUUGCAAAUGCCAAGCUUGGUCAUAUGAGCAAAGCUGAAAAUAUGGGAUUCGGGUUCAUUUUGAGGGAGUUUCCUCCAAAGUUCCGUGAUGUUUUACCACUUUGUGAGGCUCUACGAGACAUACUCUUUCCUUACAAUGACAAAGGUCUUAUUGUUGGCACUCCUCAAGACCCAAACCGCUUAUAUGAUCCUAUUAUUAAGGCAUAUGAUGACACAAUUGCCCAAUUUGAACUUGAGACCCUCACUAGUGAUAAAUAUGUUUAG